CUUUAAAAUUCAAAUUGACCCUGUCCUGUCGCCGGUGACCCACUUCUCGAGGUCUGGCUCUAAACUUUAUUUGUCGCUAGAGGGCCCCCUGCCCAUCGCUGGUGUGUCAACAAACUCGCGUGCCUUCUGUCGAACCCAACAGGACUGUUCACCAGUGGCCAAGAGAGUGCAGGCACUUCUCUCAGUCCCUCGCACACUUACGGCUGGCAGAUCGACGACAUCGCAUGACUCAUCGGACUGAGCGGUCUAAGCCGGGUCUACGUUCAAGCGGCUUACUCUCGUCAUCGCCUUGUCUGUUGCCCACUCACCACCGGUCGAAUCGCAUCGAAUCAAUCUCGUAGACUCCGUCCCCCGACUGAUCCCGACUAUAUUUGGCUAUGUCGUCAAACGGUUCCGGAGACGUUCGACCCUCAAAGCUGGGCGAUAUGCGGAUGCGCUUUCAGAAGGCAGAGGAGGAGCGUCGCCGAAACCUAUUGACGGGUAGGACUGGUGGCCCUGGCACUGGUCUAGCUACUGGUGCUCCAAGCUCUGUUUCGUCAAGGCUCGUCGGCAAUGGCAAGGUACGCCAAAUGUUCGAUGAACGGCGUCGCGGAGCUGGAAUCGAUCGAAGUAAUCCACUUAAGCCCAUUGGUGGUGCCACCACACCGCCGGCACAGCCCGCGCGCCAGCAGCAGACAGUUCAAAGGCUCAUCAAAGAUGUCUCCGCCAUGAGCCUAAAGGACAAGGCAGUCUUCAACAGACGCUUGACCAGUGAUAGCAACAACAACAAAUACAGUCCGGCGGGCACUGUGAAUCGCUUAAAGCCUGUGAUUACGAGAAAAACACCACCGCGUGAAGGGGAGGCAGCCAGUCGUGCCAUUGCUCCCGCUCCGCGGAGUCCCUUGCCAAAAGCAGCGGCUAGAGCCAAGGCCCCGACAAGUCGUGGGGCAGCAACUGGCGGUGCAACUCCAGCCGCAAGUAGUCGCUUGUCGCCUCCACUGAACCGAAAGGUCGAAGCAAAAUCUCCAGUCCCCAAGAAAACAAUGAGUCAGCCGCCUCCUGAGGGUACGUCCGCCUGCCGAUAUUGCGGUCGCCACUUCAACACCGAUCGAUUGGGCAAGCACGAGGAUGUUUGCCAGCGCACCAUGACCACCAAGCGCAAGAUUUUCGAUGCCUCCAAGCAGCGUGUGGGAGGCACCGAGGCGGAGAAGUUCGUCGGCAGGAAGGGCAAUAAGGCAGCCCGCUCACAGACGACGUACAGCAGUGCCGCCCAAGUCAAGGGCCUCGUCACGGGCGUAAAGAAAAGCAACUGGCGCAAGAAGCACGAGGAGUUCAUACAGACGAUCAGAUCUGCGAAGCAGGCCCAGGCGCAUGUGGCUCGCGGCGGCAAGCUGAGCGACCUGCCACCGCCGCCACCAUCGGAGAAUCCGGACUAUAUUCAGUGUCCCCACUGCGGCAGACGCUUCAACCAAACGGCUGCGGAGCGGCAUAUACCGAAAUGUGCCACCAUGAUACACAACAAACCGCGUCAGAACGCACCCAAUCCCUUGAACAAGCGCUGACCCAGUGGUGUGUUCGAUCAUGAACAUGCCCAUACGUUUACUUGUGAUAAAGCAAUUUUUGAUGAAUGAAAC